AUGGACGAGCCUGACGGAGCAUUACAGGCUCGAACAACGGAUGAGGAUGCUUCGCUGUUCAACAUGCUGCCAAGGUAUGAUGAUGGCUAUGAUUGGAUGUCGGAUCCUGAAGGCCGUCUGCUCCAAGUCUCGAAUGACCAUCAAUCUAUUGAUGCGCCUUAUUCACCUGAAUAUGAAAUUGAGCCCGGCUUAAGCCCAGACAGCAGUCUCCAAGGGGCCAAUUUCCCGACGCCUACGUCAAUAGGUCAGGACUUUGUCAUGCCUGCCACUCCGUCAGAGAAUGCUUUUGAACAAAGCAGCGGCAUGUCGUCUUUCAACAAUCUCAACUCCGUGGUAUAG